AUGUCUUCCUCGACGCCUGACCUCAUCCCGCAAGUUGACCUCGGGAACACAUUUGGCGCACUUUUUAUUGGUGUUGUCCUUGCAGCAAUUCUCUUUGGUUUAACCAACGUUCAAACUUUUAUCUACUUUCAGACGAGUAGGGGCACAGGAAUCACAUUGUAUAAGUUGGCUGUUGUUUGGCUUUGGACACUCGAAGCUCUACAUCUCGCCUUGAACAUCCAUUUUGUCUCUUUUUAUUUAGUGACCAACUACGCGAACUUUAGUGCGCUCACAGAAAUUGUAUGGAGUUUCAAACUCGAGGUGAUAGUCAACGUUCUCAUUGUUCCUGUGGUACAUCUUUUGUAUGCCCACCGCAUAUGGAUAUUGAGCAGAGGCCGAACAAGAGUGCUCCCGGCCAUAGCAUUGGUUGUAAUCGUGGUCCUAUGUUCAGGUGUUGCCAUCCCCAUUAUUCUUGCAACGUGCCAUUUGUUCGCCGAUUUGAAUGGAAUCGAGUGGUGGCUAUAUGCGGCUGUGGGCUCCACUACUUUUCUCGAUAUCAUCAUUGCGUCGUCUCUAUGCUAUCUCCUGGCUACUUCCCAUACAGGAUUUUCUAAGACCGAUUCAUUCUUAACAAAGCUCGUGGGUUAUACCAUCAGUACAGGUUGUUUAACGAGUGUAUGUUCAAUUGCAGUUGUCAUUACGUGUGCAGUGCUGCCAAAGACCUUCAUCUUUCUUGUUCUAGAAUUUUUAGUGGCUGAAUUAUAUGUGAAUUCGUUCAUCGCGCUUCUGAACACGCGAUACUACGGGCACACCAACGCAGACAUCGUUGAUCCUUCCGAAUUUCAUGUGCGCCGCAGCGUCUACCGCCCGGAGCUUCAGGUAUCCCGGAAGGAUUCCGACAAUGAAGUGCUGCAUAUCACUUGCCCUACCCAGGCUGUCGUGGUCGGCAGUUGCGUCACUGUUGAUGGAUGUGCUGAAUGA